AGAGAACAGUGAACACACACCGGUAGUGUAUGGUCCGAUCCAGGUCCAAGAUGGAGACUGAAGCCCCUGUGAACGAUGGUAUCCAGGCCAGCGGGACCAGUGCAGAUAACCACAAGGAUAAUUCCAUGGCUAAUUCAAAGAGCAAGACGGAAGGCGAAAGGAAACUAGCUGUUUUCUUUCGUAUAUCCAAGCUGAAGAUAUUUCUGCUGGCAUUGUCUUUUGCCUAUCUGGCCAAAACCAUGUCUGGAGCUUACAUGAACAGCAUGCUCACGCAGAUUGAAAGGCGGUUCAACAUCCCCGCCUCACUGGUUGGAGUCAUCAAUGGAAGCUUUGAAAUGGGUAACUUGCUGGUCAUUGCCUUUGUGAGUUACCUAGGAGCAAAAUGUCAUAGACCACGGCUAAUUGCUGUGGGUUGUGCAGUUAUGGCCUUGGGAUGCUUUUUGAUAGGGCUACCUCAUUUUCUGAUGGGAAGGUACCAGUACGAAAACUCUGCUAAUUUAGCAGAAAAUUCUUCUUCCUUCAUGGCCGUUUGCCUUGCCAAUCAUACCUUAGCUACUGAACAACCCUCAGAAGAAUGUAAAAAACAGGCUGGAUCUUUGAUGUGGGUGUUUCUGUUGGUGGGAAACCUCAUUCGAGGAGUUGGUGAAACUCCCAUCACCCCUUUAGGAAUUUCGUAUGUGGAAGAUUUUGCAAAAUCAGAAAAUUCUCCUUUCUACAUUGGCCUCCUACAAAUAGCAACUAUCCUGGGACCCUUGUUUGGUUUGAUGUUGGGUUCCCAUUGUGCUCAGCUGUAUGUGGAUGUUGGGUUUGUUGACUUAGCGGAUGUGACACUGAGCCUCCUCGAUGCUCGAUGGGUAGGGGCCUGGUGGCUGGGAGUCAUGAUAUGCGCUGGAGUGAACCUCCUUGUCUCCAUCCCCUUCUUCUUCUUGCCCAGGACCCUUCCAAUGGAAGGAGAAGAAAACAACCUCGAUUUAGGAACCAAGGGAAACAGAAUUCUGCUGCGAAGGGAAAGUGUGAGUCAGGCCAACCAGAAAAUGAGUGAAAUUGCUAAAGAUUUUAUCCCCUACCUGAAAAGCCUUCUUCACAACCCAGUUUACAUGCUUUUUAUAUGCAUCACUGUGCUUCAGUUCAGUGCUUACAUCGGAAUGAUCACUUUUAUGCCAAAAUAUCUGGAGCAACAGUAUGGGAUAUCUGCAUCAGAUGCCAUCUUUUUGAUAGCUAUUUACAAUCUACCAAUUAUAUGCACUGGAUAUUUUUUGGGAGGUUUUCUGAUGAAGAAAUUCAAGAUAAGCACCUACAAAGCGGCUCACAUGGGCUUUUGGAGUUCUGUGGCUGAGUAUCUCAUCUACUUUUGUGCCUAUUUCAUGGUUUGCAAAAAUUCAACCGUUGCUGGUUUAACUGUCUCCUACGAAGGGGUAGAUCAACUGUCCUAUAUGGAAACAAGCUUAUACGCAGAAUGCAACCAUCAUUGUGGCUGCUCGACCAAAGUGUGGGAUCCUGUUUGUGGAGAAAAUGGGAUUGCAUAUGUUUCAGCGUGCCUUGCUGGAUGUGAAGUGAUAAAUGGAACAGGGAGAAAUACAGUAUUUGGAAACUGCACUUGCAUUCCAGCAUCAGGUUUUCCAUCAGGAAACAGCUCCGCAGUGCUGGGCCAGUGCAACAGAGAAGAGGCGUGUGGUACAAUGUUGUAUUACUAUUUAAUUUUGUCUUUAGUUUGCUGCUUUAUUUAUUCCACGGGAGCCAUGCCGGGUUACAUGGUCCUAAUAAGGUCUCUAAAGCCGGAGGAGAAAUCAUUUGGGGUAGGACUGCAUGCACUGGCAGAAAGAGUGUUUGCUGGAAUUCCAUCACCCAUUUAUUUUGGAGCUAUGAUAGAUACCACAUGCUUGAAAUGGGGAACCAAGCGCUGCGGGGGAGAAGGGGCAUGCCGAAUGUAUGAUUCUGACACAUACAGAUUGCUAUAUCUGACAGUGCCGGCAGUCCUCCGUGGGGUAUCGUACAUCCCUUGUGUGUGCAUACUCUUGAUCUUGAGGAAACAGUCUAAGAACCAGAGUGGAAAUCUAGUGGUUGAAGCCAAAGAAGAGGAAAAUGGACCAGCUGAACAGAAGGACGUAUCAGAUGCUCAAAACUGUACAAGUUUACAUCUAGAAGUAAUCGAUCGUGCAAGCACGGACCUCAAUAAAGACUGAUGAUGGUAGCAAAAGACUGUAUGGAGAUGAUAAAGGUCGUUAUAAGUCGGGAUGAAAGAAACUUACAUUUCGUACUGGUACUGUCUCUUGCGGGUCAGGGGGAGGGCUCAAAGUAGAAAAUGGAAAAUAUCCCUUCCUUACUGGUAUUCAUUACCAGCUUGUACCAGCUUACUUUCACCUCUGUUAUUAUAACAUGAGUAUUUUACCUGUUAACAGUCUUUCCCAAAUGCCCACAGAAAGUAGCAAUGGGUGACUGACAAUGACUGUUCUCCAUUGCAAAGGUUGUAGGGUGUGUUAGGCUAUAAGAAAGCUCUCUCCCUCCCUCCCUCCCUCUCUCUCUCUCUCUUUCUGUCUCCCUGAGGUGUGUGAUCUUCAGUGGCUGUUUCACAUGUGCAAGGCGCCACUCGAUUUUGCAGUCCCCCUUACAAAGCAAUAUAGCCCGAAUUCCUGUCCAGAGAUCAAAUGCCAUUGAUUCAGACAAAAUAAAAAAAGUCCUAAGGUGAUUACAGAGUUUUCCAGAAUAUAAAAAUACACUUAACACUGAGGAUUCUGAGUGGAAUAUAUUUCACCUUUGCAACAGAAAAGCUUAGGAAGGUAAGGAUAAGGGAAUUUAGGGGAAAAAAUGGGGGGGGGUGAGAAAGCUUUUGGGAGCUUGCUUAUGCACAUUUCUAGAUUGCAUAGGUCUUUUUAUUCCAAAGCAUUCUGCUGCUUUUAGAGGACUAAGAGCCAAGCUACAAGUGACACCUUACACAGGUUGGACACUUGUCAGCUUCCCUCAAGUUUUGAUGGGAAACGUAGGCAUCCUGGUCUUGCAGCUGUA